AAGCAGAAGCAGAUUCACAAUUUCUGUUUCUUUAAACGCCAUCACUGCUGCUUCUUCCGGUGUUAUCCUCGCUAUCCAUGGCACCAUCACCUCCACCAUCACUUACGUCGCCGUCACAAUCGUUGCCAUUGCCUCGGGUGCUUGUCUCUCCACCAAGGUCGACUUCUUCUGUUUUUGGUUUUGUUUCUUUGUUUCUUUUAUGGAGCAAUUGUUUGUGGUUGUUUGUGGAGAAUCUCUGUUUCUCUCAAGAACGAGCUGGCCAUUGCUACCAUCCAGGCAAAGCUAACAAAGUAGUAGAUGCGUUGAGUAGGAAGCCCUCUGGCAUUGCCUCUAGCAUCCUUGCCACUCAGAAGGAGUUACUUGAGGAUCUUGUGAAACUGGAUGUAGAGUUGAGAGUAGACAGUACUACGGCUUAUCGAGCUGCUCUCAGUGCACAACCAGUAUUAAUAGAUAGAAUUAAACUUGGCCAACAAAAAGAUCCCUUCUUGCAAAAGAUGAAGGAAAAAUGGAAGUGGGAGAACAUCACCAUGGACUUUGUGACUGGCUUACCACGAAUCGUAAAGGGUAAUGAUUUCAUCUGGGUCAUCGUUGAUCGAUUGAUCAAAUCAGCUCACUUCUUACCCUACCGGACUGGCACCUCCAUUGAGAAGCUUGCCAAUAUGUACAUGGAGAAGAUAGUCAAGCUGCAUGGAGUCCCUGUGUCUAUUGUGUCAGAUAGCGAUACCAAAUUUUUAUCUCAUUUAUGGACAAGUUUGCAGCAAGCACUUGUGGGCGAAAGGAGCAUUUUAGGCCCAGAAUUGGUGCAACAAACUUCUGAGAUUGUGCAGUUGAUCAAGGAACGCCUUCGUGCUGCACAAAGUAGGCAGAAAAGCUAUGCGGAUAGAAGGAGACGAGACCUUGAGUUUGAAGUUGGUGACCAUGUAUUUUUGAAGGUGUCACCCACUCGAGGUGUCCUCAGAUUGGAGUUGCCUGGAAAUUUAGCCGGUGUUCAUGAUGUGUUUCACGUGUCCUUACUUCGGAAGUAUGUUCCCGACUCGAGUCACAUCAUUAAUCCCGAAUCAAUUCAAUUCCGGGAGGAUCUCACUUAUGAUGAGCACCCGAUCCGCAUUUUAGAUUUCAAGGAGAGGAUAAUGCGGAGAAAGACCAUUCGUUUUGUUAAGGUCCUCUGAGAUAACCAUUCGGCUGAAAAAGCUACUUGGGAGUUGGAAUCCAAGGUGAGGCAGGAGCAUCCGUGCCUCUUCCAAGAUUGAGGUUAUCGAGUGUCAUGCCCCUUGCACACACUCACUCUCAUUUUGCAUAAGGUUCGUGUCGGAGGUGAACCCGACCUUUAGUCUGGAAUCCUUAUGAAUCUGGUUUGGAAGAGCAAUUCUUCCCGCUUUGAGGAGUAAGAUCGGUUGCCAUUAGGUUGUUUCCAUUGGUUAAUACCACACUUGAUGAUGUAAUAUCAUUCUGUGUAUUAGCUUUUGUAAAUAUCUCCCGUUGAUUCCGAAAGGAUAAAUGGUUGAGAAGGCC